UAAGGAAAGUUCUCUCCCUUCUUCUCCCCCCAACUGAGUUCGGACUCGCCAUAGCCGAGUUACCGAGUGGGGAGCGAGCGAGUCGAUUCGUUCUCGAUUUCAUUCGCAAGUUCGCUUCUCCUCCUCCGAAUUCCACAUUGAACUUCUCUCUCUUCUCUCUCUCUUCGCCUUCUUCAGCAGAUCCGGAACCUCACCGGACCGCCCGCCGCCGCCUCGCCUCGCCUCGCCGCGCCGCCGCGCCGCGCCCGCCGAUCGAUCCGCGCGUCCGCAGCUGCAGAUCGGAGCUCGGGCGCGGACCGGGAGGUUCGGAGCCGUCCCCGGUUGCCUCUCGCUCGUGAAAUGGCGGCGAUCUCUCGGAACGUCUGAGUUCGCAAAACGAUGGAGGCGGAGGGCCUGCGAUCCGUCUCCUUGCGAGCGAAUCGGCGCGGCGACCGCGGGAAUCAGAGCUCCUCGGCGAAAGAUGCCGAAGGAGGGUUUUUUUCUCCGGGGAGAUUGGCGCACGAGUAUCCGAUGAAGGUCAUGUUCAGGAUGGGCUUUGUUCGGCUGGUUCUGGUCGCGGGCAUCGUCUGGAUGUUGCUCAUUCUCAGUGUGUUGCUGUUUCACGUAUGGUCUUGUCAAUCUUCGGUUGCUUUCGUAUCAGCUAUUUGCAAUCGAGAGAGCAGGGUAAUUAAAAUACUAGACACGAUGGGAAUAGUACCGCAACCACAGCAACCACAGCAAACACAGCAUCGAUGUCCAAUACCCCUUGCCAACAAUCCCGAUGGAGUUGCUAUACCAAGUGGAAGAACGCCAGACAAAAUCGUUGCAAAUUUGCACUAUGUUAUGGAUGAUGAAGAAAUUAACAAUUCAUCGAAGUCACCUCCACUUUUUGGAGGACGUGAAACUUGGUCACAGAGAGAAGAAAGCUUUAAGCUCAAUUCAACAAUGAAGGUGCAUUGUGGAUUUAUCCGUAAUGGUGGUGCUGAGAUGGAUCCUAUUGACAUCAAAUAUGUAAAGAAGUGCAGAUUUGUGGUUGCAUCUGGCAUUUUUGAUGGAUAUGAUACACCACACCAGCCAUCAAACAUUAGUCAGCAGUCAAAGAAGCUCUUUUGUUUUCUAAUGGUGGUGGAUGAGAAAUCUCUUGCUUUCAUCAAGAGCAAUGUUACUGUAAGGAAGGAUGAUGAUGGGGGACAAUGGGUGGGAAUUUGGCGUCUUGUGCUUUUGAAAAAUUCACCAUAUGAUGAACCCAGAAGAAAUGGAAAGGUUCCGAAGAUUUUGACCCACAGGUUGUUCCCUCAAACACAGUAUAGCAUCUGGAUUGAUGGUAAAAUGGAGCUGAUAGUUGAUCCGUUUCUAAUGCUUGAAAGAUAUUUAUGGAGGGGGAAGCAUACCUUUGCAAUUGCCCAGCAUAAGCAUCAUCGCAGCAUAUAUGAGGAGGCUGAUGCAAAUAAGCGCAGGAAGCGAUAUGCUCGGCCUCUUAUUGAUCUUCAUAUGAGAAUCUACAAAUAUGAGGGGAUGCAACCGUGGACUCCUGAAAAGGGAAACCCAAGUGAUGUUCCGGAGGGAGCCAUUAUUGUCCGCGAGCAUACUGCAAUCAACAACUUGUUUUCCUGCUUGUGGUUCAAUGAAGUCGAUCUAUUCACACCUAGAGACCAACUCAGUUUUGGGUAUGUCGUCUACAGAUUGGGAGGUGCUUUCAAGUUCUUCAUGUUUCCAAAUUGUGAAUACAACUCGAUAUUUGUGCUACAUCCACACACUCGGGAACAUUCUUCUAAGAUUGAAUGGGUGAAAAACAUGAGCGAGUUUGAGGGAAAAGGUAGCAUUUUGAAAGAAAGUCGGGGAGGCUUAGGCCUGUGGACUCCUUAUCCAGGGAACUUGAAUGAAGUUGUACUGCCACCUGUUGCAAGAACUUCAAAAGCAGGCUGAUACUCUAGCGCAUCCAUUUGGCUUGUUUGCGUAUCUUUGUUCCAAGUGAACCCUCUACGAAUUAUGCUUUGGGUACACCACAUCCUGAUUUGGAGAAGACUUAGGGCCACGGAAAGGAACUGUAAAUCCAUUGAAGGAGAUACAGGAGAAUUGCUAGGCAUGCUGAGAGCAGAGCAUUUUAAGGAUGACUGGAUACUGGUAUAUAUUCUUUGCCCAACUAAAUUGCGGAGAUUAACAAAUUAACCUUGCUGCUAGUUUGCAUGCGGGAAUCGGUUUUAGUCGAAGAGGCUAUAUGAACAUCUUAUUUGAAAUGCUCCUUUUUGGCUGGUGUUGCUGAUAUUUUUAUUAGCCAAGGCUGAAAUCAAUGGUAUAGUUUUGCUAUUGCAAAUGCGACGAUGUCCAAAGUGUUACUGAUGCUUAGAUUUGUUGAUGUAACCUUUCCAUACAUUGGAGAGGAAUUGGGACAUUUUACACCCAUUAUGCUUCUAAAUGCAUCUCCUUUCACGGACACUUUACUUCUUGGGAA